GUAAUUGCCUCCACAAUUACACAUACGAGGCCCUUUCUUCUGUACUCUGUACCAUACUGUAGACCGUACGUAUUUGUUUGCCCACAUGGCGCCUAUGAUGAUUGAGAACGAGAAUGAUGUUGAGGUGGGGGAGAGUCUUCCUCCUAUGACUGAGCACGCUGUCAGUGUCUCAUUACCGACAUGGAGAGCCAAUGUUGGCUACGAAGAAGGUGAAGAAUGGGUUAUUAGUAAGAUGAAGACUGGCUAUCCCAGGUUCUUCAUACACAAGGAGAUCCAGAAGUUCGCAACAGACAUAGUGGAGAAGCAUGGAAGAGAAGGAGAAGGUGCAAUGCUUUUCCCCACACACUGCACUGCAUCAAGAUGUCGAGAUUUCAUCCUCAGGAUCGCAGCGGACCAGGACACUUCUCAAGUGAGGAUCAUCGACUUGUUACCAGCAGCUGAGAAGGCACGUGCCGAAGACAUGAAUGCCAUAUCACCAAAGAUCUCCGCUGUACUUUACCCACUGGACCUGUUCAAGGUUGCCAAGCAGUUCUGGCAGCACUCAGGAGAUGGUGUAUCGAGCAGAAGAGCAGAGUACUGCCACCACCUUUUCGAGAAGGGUGUUCUGGUUGAUGCCACGAAGCUCGACGAACAGCCAUCCCGCUUCUGCAAAGGACCUCGACGAUACCAGAAGAAGACCUCCAUUGACCUCGAUGCUCCCGCAACCCAACAAGACGCCGAAACCCUGACGCAAUUCGUUGAGCAAAGAUUCGGUCGCAACCUCGAUCUCUCUAUGACCAAGAACGCCAAACUCGCUGUUCGCCGCCGCAUCGCUGGUUCCCUUACCGCCGACGUUGCACUAGCAGAAGCGCUCUCUCUGGACGCUGACUCAGAACGUACGCGCCAAGUCGCUGACUUCUCCGAAGAUGACGUCUACCUGUACCCGACUGGUAUGAGUUCCAUCUUCAACACACAUAGGAACUUGCUCGCCGCCAAAGGAGAACACAAAGCCAUCGUCUACGGCUUCCCGUACAUCGACACGCUCAAGAUCACUGAGAAGUUCGGACCAGGAUCACUGUUCUACGGCUAUGGUUCGAGCGAAGAGCUCGACGAUCUGGAGAAGCGUCUAGAAAGCGGUGAGAAAUAUCUCGCACUAUUCACAGAGUUUCCUGGCAACCCCCUGCUCAGAAGUCCAGACCUAGAGCGCAUACGCAAGCUAGCCGACAAGUACGACUUCUGCGUCGUAGUCGACGAAACAAUCGGCAACUUCAUCAAUGUCAAUGUGCUCCCUUACGCAGACGUCGUCGUCAGCAGCUUAACCAAAGUCUUCAGCGGCGACAGCAACGUCAUGGGUGGUGGUCUGGUGCUCAACCCGAAAGCGCAGAACUACGCACUCCUCAAGAAGCAAUGGACAGACGACUACGAAGACAACCACUGGGCCGAAGACUCCAUUUUCCUUGAGCGCAACAGCCGCGACUUCGUGUCGAGGAUCGAGCGUAUUGGGAUGAAUGCUGAAGCUAUUUGCGACGUGCUGAGCGCGCAUCCAAGAGUCAAGCAGGUCAAUUACCCCAAGACCUCACCGACACGGCCUUUCUAUGAGAAGUGUCGUAACCCCAAGGGUGGCUAUGGCGGUCUGCUGUCUGCGACUUUCUAUACCAAGGCUGAUGCUAUCGCGUUCUUCGAUAACCUGGAUACGGUGAAGGGACCGAGUCUGGGCACGAACUUCACGCUGAGCAGUCCGUAUGUGAUUUUGGCGCACUAUGGCGAGUUGGAUUGGGCUGCGAAAUGGGGUGUCGAAGCCGAUCUGAUUCGGUUCAGUGUCGGGUUGGAGGAGACGAGUAAGCUGGUUGACACGUUCAAGAGGGCGCUGGACGCUAUGGAUAAGGCGCCGCAGUGAUGCAUCUCGUGGAGACAAUCAAAGAAAAAGUAAAACGUUCAUCAUGAUCACAUUGCCCGCGUUGCACGACAAUGCACAGAGAGUGAGACAGACGGCUUGUAGAAAUGAAACAGUGCCGAUAUCCGUUCAAGAACCCGGGGAGA